AGGAUAAGACGCCCGUCUACCGUACCAUUGGACAGUUUUAUCAAAAUAAUAUAACGCGACGGUGAAAAAAAGGCAAUUUGAAUGGGCAGCUAUAAAUGCGAAGUAAGCCGCAUUUGGAAGGGCGUACCAAUACAUAGAUAAAAAAGCAGCCACCAGGGCAAUGUGGACCUCACGAUGCGGCGUAUAAACAGGCCAUAGCCACGAAUAUGACAUAAUGAAGAUAUCCCGAGCAACGACAGAACGCGGGAAUCGUCGGAGUGCGACCACUUCGUUCUUUGAUACUCCACACUGCACAUAUCGCUCGUAAAUAGAUCCACAGAGUAAAUACUGUGCUGGGCGUAGAAGUGAAGGAGAGCCCGACGUAAAGGCUCGGAGAAAGGGUAAUGCCUGCUUGAGCCAGAGUAAAGGUGCUGCUAUACCCUCAACGGAGAUUCACUGCAUGUCUGUGGCCUCGUUUAUCAGAAGAUUUCUGAUGGAAGCGCUGGGGGAGGCCGUGCACGUAUAUGACCUUAAGGAUGGUGCGACCUGUCCGCGUAUGACAAUAAAAAUGCGCAAGUGUUUGAAGGGUCUGGGAACGAGGACGGCUUCAUUCAAGGGCAUUCAAGUUGGCAAGUCAUAUGAAGAUGCCUUGAUUAGUAUCGGUUCGCCAUGAGGAAAAUGAGUAAACAACGUUCACUCGGGAAAGAAUACUUCGGCACCUGAUGGGGUGGUAGCGGAGAGCAUGACAUAGCAUCGUUCCAACAGAACGGAAACUACCUGGCGUGUGGGUUUGAAAUGUCGGGUAAGAACAUGGGGAAAAUCCAAGUUAACAGCACACUACACAGGAGAACGUGCAGACCUGCAUUGAUAAACACACGUACUCCUCGUAGC